AUGGCUCAAGCGUCAUCGUUCAAAUCGUCUAUACGCUAUCAAGUAUGCAAUUCAACCACUGACAAUGACAUUUCGCGUCUUUCAUCAACGAAACCAUCUGAACAAGGGCAUUCAUCAAUUAUUGAUGAUGAUCUAUGUGAAAUUACAAUUUCACCACCGACAAAUAAAAAGAUCUCAUCAUCAUUAUCUUCUCCCAAUCAUCAUACAUCAUCAUUAACACAUUUGAUUCCAUUAACAUCAAGUGUUCCUAAAAAAUCUCCGUCAACUACAUCAACCAUUGUCAAAAUACCAACUCAACCAUUAUCUUCUUCUUCAAAACAUCCACUUGAUUGUUCACCAUCAAUUCAAUCCUUUACAAAACAAACUAAUCGACCAUCACAACAACAACAACAACAACAACAACGAUCACAUCAGUCAUCAACAAGUUCAUCUAUUCGUGAUGUUAUUACUCCAUCGAAUAUUCGUCAAUCAACAUCAAGACAAUCAGUAUUGGAUACAUUUACAACAAAAUUAACAAGAAAUGUACGAAAAACUUCAACAUCAGCAUCAGCUUUAGCACACCAACGUGUAUCAACCGAUAAUGAUAAUUUAUUUUCGACUUAUCAAGGUGAUUUUAUUCGACAAUCACGACAAUUACGUAAAGCACGUCGACAAGAUAUAAAAGCACGUUUUGAAAAAUUUGAUAUUAAUUCUCCAACAACUCGACGUAUACAUUCAUCACGUCGUUUUACAUUUAUAUUUGAUCCAAGUGGUCGUUUAGCAUAUUGGUGGACAUCAAUAAUAAGUCUUGCAUUUCUUUAUAAUUUUUGGAUAAUUAUUUUUCGUUUUUCUUUUCAUGAAUUAACACAUCAAAAUUUUCUUAUAUGGUUUAUAUUUGAUUAUUCAUGUGAUUUUCUUUAUUUAAUGGAUAUUAUGUUUAAUUUUCGUACAGCUUAUUUAGAAGAAGGUGUUCUACAAACAGAUCCAAUUAAAUUACGCCAUUAUUAUAUGAAUACAACAAGAUUUUAUAUUGAUUGUCUUUGUUUAAUGCCAUUAGAUUUUCUUUAUUUAUCAAUUGGUUUUAAAUCAAUUGUUCGAUUAUUUCGUUUAGUUAAAAUUUAUCGUUUUUGGACUUUUUUGGAUCGUACUGAACGACAUACAAAUUAUCCAAAUUUAUUUCGUACAUUUGUUAUGAUACAUUAUUUACUUGCUAUAUUUCAUUGGAAUGCAUGUUUUAUUUAUAUAUUACAUAAAAGUUCAGAAUUAACAUUUACAAGACGUUUUUCAUUUACCCUUGAUGAUAAUGGUUUAGAUUAUUUUAAAGCUUUAUAUUGGUCAAUAACAACAUUAAUAUUAACACAAAAUCCUGAAACUAAACCAACAUCAAAAGAAGAUUAUAUAUUUUUAAGUAUUGAACUUAUAUUUGCUUUAUUAUUAUUUGCUACUAUUAUGGGACAUGUUGCAUCAAUUGUUUCGAAUUUAAGUAAUGCUAGAAAAGAUUUUCAAGCAAAAUUGGACGCAGUAAAAACAUAUAUGUCAUUACGACGUGUACCAAAUAAUUUAGAAGAUCGUGUUAUUCGAUGGUUUGAUUACUUAUGGAUGAGUCAUAAAUCAGUUGAUGAUAAUCAAGUUCUGUCAUUAUUACCAUAUAAACUUCGUGCUGAAAUAGCAAUACAUGUUCAUUUGGAUACAUUAAAACGAGUUGAAAUAUUUCAAAAUACUGAAGCUGGUUUUCUAAAUGAACUUGUUUUACGUCUUAAACCAGUUCUUUUUUCACCGGGAGACUUUAUUUGUCGAAAAGGUGAAGUAGGAAGAGAAAUGUAUAUUGUUAAUCGUGGAAAAUUACAUGUUAUGGCAGAUAAUAAUAAGACUGUUCUAGCAACAUUAAAAGCUGGUUCAUAUUUUGGAGAAAUUAGUAUUUUAAAUAUGGGUAGUGGAAAUCGUCGAACAGCAUCUGUUCGAUCAGUUGGUUAUUCAGAUUUAUUUUGUCUUUCGAAAGAAGAUCUUUGGGAAGUAUUAAAAGAAUAUCCAGCUGUACGUGUUAAACUUGAAGCAAUAGCUGUUAAACGUCUUGAAAAACAUAAAAAACCUCUAAUUCAACAAAUUAAUUUAAAACGAAGUAAAAGUGCACCUGGUCUUGUUGAAGCAAGUUGUCGUCUUCCAUUUCAUGCUCCUAUACGUCGAGCUGGUAGUGGAAUUUAUCGACUACCAUCCGUUAGAGAAACCGAUGUGCCAACAAUGACAUCCUCAUUCAUUCCAUCAAAUUCAUUUUCUAAUCAACAACAACAACAGCAACUUUCGACUUCAUCAAAAUCUUUAUUAACUGCUGCGCCACUUGCAUCAUCCAUUAGUGUAACGUCAUCAUUAAAUUCUCAUCGACAACGAGCAAUAAAUCAUUCAGUAUCAUGGUCAAUGACAACAGAUACAAGAAAACCAGAUGUAUCACAUGUUGCAAGAACAAUAUCAUUAAAUAAUAGUGAGAUGCGGAGUUAUAAUAAUCCAAUAAUGACUAAUGAAAUAGAACGUUUAAAAAAACGUUUAAUUGAACUUGAAAAAGAAGAUUUAACAUUAAAUUCAAUAUAUAAUCAAGAAUAUAUUGAAAUAAAAGAUCGUCUAAAUAUUCUUGAAAAAGAACAAUUAAGUGGUGGAAAAUAA